GUGGGGCCGGAGCCCGCUCUGACACCAGCGGCACGAACCCCCCCCCCCGCGGGACCCGCGUGGUUCGGUGCACGGGGCGCAGGGAGCUGGGGGCGGGGAGGGAGGCGAGCGCUUCGGCUGGAGAGCGCCGCGCCACCGCGGCGCAGCGGCCACCAUGCGCCGGCAGAGCCUGCCCUGCCACGGGGACCUGCUGCAACCCCAGCUCCCCGCUUCUCGGGGGGGGGGGCACGCCGCGGGGGACACCUUGCCGACCUCCCACCCGCGCCCACGGGCCUGGGGGGGGGGGGUGUCCCACAAAACGCGGGCGAGCGCGGUCGCGGAGGGCAGGAGAGGACGGCCGGUCCCGGCAGAGCGGUGCCCGCCGGACUCUCGGACGCUGACCCCUGCCCCGAGCGGUGGCAUGGCGGCGGGGGGGGGGGGGGUGUCCGUUUGGAGACCCCCCCCGGGCCCUGCUCCCUCCCCUCUGUCCCCCCCAGGCAGUCAGGAGCUGCUGGCCAGCCCGGGGCUCAGCGAGCGCACCCGGGGCCGGCUCCCCGCUCCCCCCGGGGCUGACGCUCCCCGGGAUUCCCGGUGCUCCCCGGGUCGACCGACCGCCUCGGUCCCGCCCCCGCCGUCCCCUUCCGGGCCCGCCCCGGCCCUGGCUCCGCCGGCGCCAUCGCGGUGCUCCGUGCCGGGGCCCUUCCGGCACCCGGUGCCGCCGCCGCCGACCGCCGGCCCCGGGCAGAGAUGCAGCGGGGUGCGGUGACGUUCGAGGACGUGGCCGUCUAUUUCUCCCCCGAGGAGUGGGUAGAGCUGGUGGCAUGGCAGCGGGAGCUCUACCAGGAGGUGAUGAUGGACAACUAUGACCUGAUUGCCACCCUGGGCCCCGAGUCCAAGCUCACCCACAGAAUGGAACCCAGGGAGGAGUCGCGUGGGGGGGUCCCCUACGGCGGGGGGGACGGCAGAGCUCCUGACGCCUCUGGCACCUCUGCCUGGGGCGGGACGGCCGGCGAGGACCUGCGUGAGGACGACGACCGGGGACGCUGGGUCCCGUGCGCGUCGCCAGCCGGGGCGGCCGAGGAGCUGGGGCACCCCGUGCUCUGCUCCGGCUGCUGCGACACGGAGCCGGGGGCCUGGGCCGGGGAUGCCCCCCAGGAGCUGCCGGGGUGGGAGCGGGGGGAGCAGCUGCUGGAGGUGCCCGUGGCGAGGGGUGGGGGGCUCCUCAUCUGCGGCACCUGCGGGCAGAGCUUCGAGAACGAGGCCGGGCUGAGCGCGCACCAGCGCGAGCACCUGCGCCCGGCGCCCUCCUACCAGUGCGGUGCCUGCGGCAAGGCUUUCCGCCACUACCGCAACCUCCUGACGCACAAAAAGCACCGGGGCCGGCGCCGGCACGCCUGCACGGAGUGCGCCAGGACCUUCUGCUUGAAAGGGGAUCUGUUGCGGCACCGGGCGAGCCACGGCGGCGAGGGCGGCUACGCCUGCCCGCUCUGCGGGGACAGCUUCCGCCACAAGCGCGACCUGCAGGCGCACCGCAAGGAGCACGCCGGCGACGCGUGCCGCAAGUGCCCCCGCUGCGACAAGCGCUUCGAGGACGAGGCCAGCCUGAGCCGGCACCGGGCCGCCGACUGCGAGGAGCGACCCUUCCUCUGCGGGCGUUGCGACCGCAGCUUCAGCUGGAAGGAGAGCCUGAUCAUCCACCAGCGCAGCCACGCGCAGGAACGCUCCCACAAGUGCCCCGACUGCGGCCGCGGCUUCAGCCGCAGCGGGAACCUGCUGGUGCACCAGCGCGUGCACACGGGCGAGCGGCCCUUCGCCUGCCCCCAGUGCGACAAGUCCUUCUGCAACAAGGCCAACCUCAUCACGCACAAGAAGCUCCACCGGCGCUACAAGACCUUCGCCUGCUCCCAGUGCCGGCUGGGCUUCAGCUCCAAGAGCAAGCUGCUGCUGCACCAGCGGGCGCACGGAGAGGGGGACGGGGGGACCCUCAGGGCAGGGGACGACCCGACGGGCUGCCAGCAGUAGCUGCGGCCGCUCUGGACUGCGGGAGGGGGCUUAUCCCUGUGUGGAGAGGCCCGGAGCAUGGCAGCGGGGCAGGAGGGGCCCUCAUCCUGCCCCCACAGGACACUGACUUUGCUAGUGCCUGCUGCCUCCUCCCUGGGGCUUGGCUGGGUGCACGUCCAGGACCUGUGAGCCCUGCGCUCCGCACCCCUUCAGACCUUAAAAAAUCCCUCCAAGGCACUUCCCAGUUCUCCCAGUCCCACCAGUGCCCUGCCCCUGUGUGGGAGGGUAUCUCCUUGUUACCGUCUGUAUUUAAAGCCAGAAGACUGUGA